AUGAGACACCUGCUGAGGACCCUGUGGUCUCAGAAGACCUCAAUAGCAUUUAUACAGGAAACGCACCUUAAAGGGAAGGACGCCCCUAAGAUAAGAGAUAGACGAUUCCCCCAGGGAUUUUACGCCACCAACUCUGAAGUUAAACGCACGGGAGUGGCAAUAAUCUUUGCCCAUUCUGUCCCUUUCCUAAGCAGUGCAUCACAAGCGGACCCCCUGGGCAGGUUCCUAUUUGUGAAAGGCAUGAUCGCAGAACACAGGUACACUUUCGCCACGAUAUACUGCCCCAAUAAGGGGCAACACCGGUUCCUGGCGAAGGCCCUCACGCAGCUAGAGAGGUUCAGAGAUGGCACAUUGGUGUUAGCUGGAGAUCUAAACAUCCCGCUGGACCCCCGGAGGGAUUCUUCCGCGGGCACCAGCACCAUCCCCCCCGCACUGUAUAAGGAAAGCAAAACAGGCAUUGAUCAGGUCGGGCUUGGUCGACUGCUGGAGGGUGGCGUAUCCCGAAGCUAAAGAUUACACAUGCUAUUUCUGCGGUGCAUAAUAGAUAUAGCGGAAUCGACUAUAUUUUCCUAGCCCAAGAGUACCUUCCCCUCUUGAUCACCUCCACGAUAGGGAUAAAACACGAUUCGGACCAUGCCCCAGUUCAAGUCACACUUAAAUCACCACUCUUCAAUCCCCGGGAACUUCAAUGGAGACUCAAUGAAAGUGUGCUGACAGACACCAAUUUCACCACACAAAUCACACAAACACUGACCCAAUACUUUGCUGACAACGACAGUCCUGCCAUUGCCCCCCUUACGGUGUGGGAAGCGCAGAAAUGUGUGAUUCUGGGACAAUUAAUCAUAUUAUGCACCCAAUGGAAGAGGCAACACGCCGCAAAUAUCGUAGACCUGACGCACACGAUAGCAGACCUAAAGACACGACACAAACGGGACCAAACGGAUGACACUUAUCUCCUCCUCACUGACAAGCGCAGACAGCUCAGAGACCUACUCUCCCAGAAACUAUUACACACUAUAUGGAAAUCGAAUAGACAUUUUUACGAAUUCUCCAAUAAAUGCUGGAGAACUCUAGCCCGCACCCUACAACAAAAGCAGAGGCAACACCAUAUUCACCAAGUUAAGGGGAGGGAUGGGACGAUGAAGAGGGCCCUGGCAGAUAUCCUCCAGGCCUUUCGGCACUUUUCUCGGAGCUAUAUAACAUCAACACCACCACACGACGAACGGAGACACCACAACACCUACACCGUGUGA